AUGCGAGGCCAAUUGCCGUUAUCAAGAGCGGCACGAGGCCUGCGGCUGCGGGCAUUGCCUUUAUAUACCUGCACUAGAUCUCAGUGCAGGUCUAUUCAGAUCAACGCUGCGCCGAGCACUGAAGCGCCCAAAGUUGGUGGUGAUGCUUUUGGAGCUCUUGAGACGAGGGAUCCUGCGGAUGCUCGAUUCGAGGUCCUUGGCUCGCCAUAUUCCCUUCUAUCUGUGACUCUAUCGGCAUCGCAGAAGCUCUAUACUCGGCGGGGCACGUUGGUUGCUGUCGCCGGCAAGCCUGAGAAUGCCCAAUCCACUCUCUCGAUCCUCAACCCGAUUACACGAGCCUUCCUUGGCGUUCCCUUCCUCUACCAGCGCAUCUCAGCCACGACACCCAUCACAGCCUUGAUCUCGACCAAGUCUCCCACAACCACUUUCACAGUCCUACACCUCGAUGGAACGACAGACUGGAUGAUCGCGCAAAGGAAUGCGCUGUUGGCUUGGACAGGACAUACUCUUUCACCCGCGGCCCGCAUUCAGAGCAGCCUUACACUCGCUCACUGGGGUAACACCCUCUUAACAGGACGAGGUCUUGCGGCUCUAUCGGCACCUGGACAGAUCUACGAACUUACACUCAAGGAAGGCGAGGAGUUUGUAGCUCACCCUGGUAGUGUUGUCGCCUAUUCCGUCAGCCGACACCCCCCUCAACCUUUCCGCUUCAAGAGCAAUAGCCUACAACUCCAGAUCCCCUCACUAUCACGAUGGAUCUCAGAGCCAGAAUGGGUAAAGACUGUUCGUAACUCCGAGGUCUGGAAAUACCUGGCACGAGCCUACUACGGCUUGCGAACAGCGACCCGACGAACCAUCUGGGGCGAUCGCCUCUUCCUUCAGUUCCACGGACCUACAAAGAUUCUCAUGUCCAGCCGAGGCGUGCGAGCUUCAGAUGUUCUCACCAACAAGCAAGUGAAUGAGAUCGCUGAUUCUGAGCCUGGCGUUCUCUCUCAGGCCCUCGAGUCGAACAACAAGCCUAAGCUGACCGAUGGUGCUGAGACUAAGCCCGCUGCUGUUAAAGCUAUCGGACAGAAGACAGAUGAUGAGUCAGUGACUGGCAUUCAUGUCGCGAAAGUUGAGAAGGAUGGUAAGGUCAAGUUUGAGGACAACAAGGAACUCAAGGAGUUUAUCCGAUGA